AUGAGCACCGUGAUCUCUGACCCCCUUGAAAAGAGUGCUAAGCAAGAUUCUGAAAACACACAACUCAAUGAGAAGUGUAAUGUGUUAAGUGACCAGCAGAGGGCUUUGACUAAUGUGGUGUUCAGUGCAGUGUGCUGUCUGUGCUCAGCCCUGGUGUUCAACGCGGUGUGCUGUCUGUGCUCAGCCCUGGUGUUCAGCGCGGUGUGCUGUCUGUGCUCAGCCCUGGUGUUCAGCGCGGUGUGCUGUCUGUGCUCAGCCCUGGUGUUCAGUGCGGUGUGCUGUCUGUGCUCAGCCCUGGUGUUCAGCGCGGUGUGCUGUCUGUGCUCAGCCCUGGUGUUCAGCGCGGUGUGCUGUCUGUGCUCAGCCCUGGUGUUCAGCGCGGUGUGCUGUCUGUGCUCAGCCCUGGUGUUCAGCGCGGUGUGCUGUCUGUGCUCAGCCCUGGUGUUCAGCGCGGUGUGCUGUCUGUGCUCAGCCCUGGUGUUCAGCGCGGUGUGCUGUCUGUGCUCAGCCCUGGUGUUCAGCGCGGUGUGCUGUCUGUGCUCAGCCCUGGUGUUCAGCGCGGUGUGCUGUCUGUGCUCAGCCCUGGUGUUCAGUGUGGUGUGCUGUCUGUGCUCAGCCCUGGUGUUCAGCGCGGUGUGCUGUCUGUGCUCAGCCCUGGUGUUCAGUGCGGUGUGCUGUCUGUGCUCAGCCCUGGUGUUCAGCGCGGUGUGCUGUCUGUGCUCAGCCCUGGUGUUCAGCGCGGUGUGCUGUCUGUGCUCAGCCCUGGUGUUCAGCGCGGUGUGCUGUCUGUGCUCAGCCCUGGUGUUCAGUGCGGUGUGCUGUCUGUGCUCAGCCCUGGUGUUCAGUGCAGUGUGA